AUGAACCGAAAGGAGCCAGAAGACGACUAUGCGCUAUUCCUUACGGCACCUGAAGGCGAAGCUCAAAUUCCAAAUGAGGUUAUUAUGGCGAUUAUUUCAUUAAUAAGAACUGAUCCUCAAAGCAACUGGCGAUUUCAGAUCUCUCUGGUGCCAAUCGUCGCGAUGUGUCAAACCUAUCACAGAAUCGUCAUCCGAUCAGUUGAUUCUGUUAUAAUAUAA